GUUUCUGAUUUCAGUGAUUUGGUCAUUUUGUGAUCUAACUACUACAUCUGAGUCAGUGUUCUGACUGCGUUUUGGUGUUUAUAAAUUUGUAUAGUUGUACAAAUAAGUGGGCAGUGUAGUAUAUGUGAAAUUUUCAUAAAUUAUAGUCCAGUUAUAAAGAAACUUAGUAAAAAUGUCCUUUUCAGACAGUACGCUUUAAAAAUGAAGUAAAACAAGUGAAGUUUUUGUCAAAAUACUUAUCUUCCAACAUGUUUGUGUAGUGGUGUUGAUGAGAAUUGGUAAUCUGAACUAGUUAGGCCUGCUCCGAACCACUCGAUAAAAUGGAUUGUGAUAAUGAGAUUGAUGGUAAUUAUGAAGAUGAAGAAACUAAAACUGUAAGUCAUGGCUCCAAGAAAAGCAAUAUAUUACCCUUAUGGGGCAAUGAAAGAACAAUGAACCUGAAUGCUCUUAUUUUGACAAAUAUUCAGUCUUCACAUUAUUUCAAAGUGAAUCUGUAUGAAUUGAAAACUUAUCAUGAAGUUAUUGAUGAGAUAUAUUACAAAGUCAAUCAUUUGGAGCCAUGGGAAAAAGGCAGUAGGAAAACUGCUGGUCAGACAGGCAUGUGUGGAGGUGUACGAGGGGUGGGAGCAGGAGGGAUCGUGUCCACAGCCUAUUGCCUGCUCUAUAAGCUAUUUACCUUGAAGUUAACAAGGAAGCAGGUAAAUGGGCUAAUCACCCAUCCCGAUUCACCUUACAUUCGUGCUCUCGGUUUUAUGUAUAUCAGAUACACUCAGCCUCCUGCAGAUCUCUGGGACUGGUAUGAUGAAUAUUUGGAGGAUCCAGAGGAAAUGGAUGUUAAAGCUGGGGGAGGUCAAGUUAUGACCAUUGGAAACAUAUUAAAAAAUUUCCUCUGCAAGCUGGAGUGGUUUUCAACAUUAUUUCCAAGGAUACCAGUACCUAUCCAGCAAAAAUUAGAGAAGAUGAUGAAUGAAAGAUUUCCCCCACCAGCAACUGGCACUGUGGCACGGAAGCCUGCCGUACCUUCUGGCCGGUACCAUUCUGACAGUGAGGCCUCAUUUGGACAAGCUGAGAAAGCCUCUUCCAGGAUGCGGGGUGGUGAUCAGGAUAGAGAAAAAAGAGGAUAUAGUCGUGAACAUGACGAUAGAAGUACCAGUAGCCACUACAAUGACAGGAGAGCAUCCAGCAGAGAUAGAGACAGAGGCAGAGAACCUGAGAAACGGCUGUAUUCCAAAGAUAGAGACAGUGUGAGGCGAGGCCACAGCAGGGAGCGGGAUACUUAUAGCAGCAGAGAUGUGGAUAGGCGAGGGUAUAGUGCAGAGAGAGAUAAGGACAAACUCAGGCUGGAGCGAGAUAGAGACAGAGAUAGAGAAAUGAGAGAUAGAAGAGACAGAGACCGCGACUUCAGCAGAGACAUUGACAGAAGAGAUCGAACUAGAAGAGACAGCCCAGUUAGAAGAAGAGAAGACAAUGAUAAUCGGCACAGAAGAGAAAGAGAAAGCCCGUCACGUAGAAGAGAUGACUAUGACCGGUACAAAAAAGAAAAAGAUAGAGAAAGACACCGCAACAGACACUAACACAUUGUGGAUCUUACAUUCGUGUACCUCAACACUGAGUUCUCCAACUCUGAUUUAUUCUAUUUUGUGAAUUAGUUUUGUGUUUUCUGUAACUGGUAAAUCUGUCUUAAUUUUUAUUUGAGAAAUAAUAUUAUUCUUUUAUAAAC